AUGCCACUCGUACAGAAAGAGUUCACGACUAGGCCUAGCCACCCUCCCAUUGGGGAGCCGCCAGUGACGGUUCGACAAGAAGGGCAAUGGUUUUCGAUCGGACCCAAGAUAUGGGAAUUGGCUUUGAACGGUGACCCAGACUCGGACGAGAAAUCCGUGUUGCAGUGGUACGAGCCUGGGGCUGUAUCGGUCACCGACGAGGUCAUCACACACACGUACAUCGAAGAGGUGUGCUUCAUCGAGGGCGGACUGGAGGAUGUGACGCUCGGCCAGGCCUGGGGCCAGGGUGCGUAUGCAUACAGGUUACCGGGCAUGAAGCAUGGCCCAUACCGAGCAUCCCCUCAGGGAUGUCUGCAGUUUGUCAAGCUGGUGCCUGCUCCAUCCACUGGAGGGUCAUAG